UAACAAUAUUAUGUAAGACUUUUCCAUCUGUAAACACAUAUCAUACUGAUGUUGUUUAUUUGUAUAGUUUUUGACACUAAAUUCAUUUUUACAUGCAUAAAACCCCUAUUUUCUGUUUCAUAUGUUGUAUUUAUUUAUUUAUUUCCAAUCCAUUGGUUAAUGCAAUAUCACUGUAGAUACCAUGCAUGUUACAGAGUUACAGUGAUGCUCUAUAUCAUUUUCCUUAAACUGACUGGCUGAGUAAGACAUGUGCAAGUAGAUUCUUAAUGAAAGGAGAGGUUGCUGGUAAGAAAAUAAUAGUUGUGUGAUUUAAGACAAAAUAAGCUUUAACAGAAUUGAAAGAAAUUGAUGAAAACCAGACCUCACUGGCUCAAGAUGAACAACCAACAGAAUGGGCAUUGUUGCUAUACUGUAUAACCGAACACUUUUUCUUCAGGUAUUUUGAACACAACAGAAACGUUUCUGCUACAGACAAAGACAUCUGAGAGGCACUCUGAUAUGGCGGUACAAACUGCAUUGCGCUACAGACAUUAGAAUGGACCAUGGCUACAAGUGGAGACAGCUUCAGGAAUGCUGGCUGGGAAAUUAAACAUUUUAGCAGCAGGGUGUGUCUGAUCAAUAAGUCAUCCGUCUUGGCAACGAACCGCGUCUUUUGGGAAGGGCAGACCCUACAGGGAGACUCGUUGACAACACUGAUGAUGUAAUUAUAACAUAGCAUUAUUCAGUCACUAAAAACUAUACUAUACGUAAAAGUAUAUGUUUUGUGUGUAAUGGAGGUUUAGAGAUGGUGGUGUAUGUGUGCAUUAGGCCACUAUUGCGCUCUUCAAAAUUGAUUUUACACUCUUGAUCAAGGGAGCUAUUAAAGUGCUUUGACAUUGUUUUCAUUUUUUUUUAAAUAAAUCUGUUCAAAGGACAGAUCCUCUGUAUUGCUUUUAAUUCUCCAUCUCCGGCGAGAUAUAGUUGGCCAACUGCCCCUUGUUGCCCGUGGUAACUAGCACAGGCAGGGUGCUGGGGUUUGGCUUACGCGUUCACUGAGCAUUCGAAAUAGCGUCAAGUGUAAGGACGUGUUAUAUAAAUAUCAACCGUAAUGUGUGUUUUACAGAACAAUCCAGCACGAGUGCGAGAGUUUUCAUGUAUCUGGAAGGUCAUAUUUGCAUGCCUGGCGUUGCUUAGGUCACUGUUAGUAACGGAAGAGUACAUUAUAGUAAAUAAUGAGGAGCAAUGUAAUGGUGAUGAAUGAAAAUGUUUACUUUUAAUCAUUUUUUAGAUAUGUCAUCACUGAGGCUCAGCCUCAGUUGCAAAGUUGCAGUUGCGGCGGACAGCCAGCGGAGGACGUCAAGUCAAAUCUCAGUAAGAGCGCAGAUGGGGGUUGGCCAACGCUCUUGCGCAGGCUGCCAAUGACAGCUCGAGUCAACGCGCCUUUACGCUACACGUACAAGACAGCACUCUCGAUUCUGGAGAGGAACAAGCUGACGGGACAGGGUCUCCCUUUCACGCAUUCUUUCGGGGAGAGACGCCGUUUUUGAAGAACAAGUGCACACACUACAAGGAUUACUGGACAAUCAGUGUCCAGAGAGAGAACAAAAGCUGCUUGCUGACCUUUUACGGUAACCGAGACCUCGGCUGCAGUUGCGCUCAGUCUAUUCAAUUUUCCGCCUGCAUUUUCGCGUCUUAACCUGUCUUAACCUGUGAGAGAACCCUCCCUUCCUUCUCAUCUGCGAAUUGACAAAUCAGUCUUUGGCUCUCUCUUACAGGACCAACAUUUACCUCUGCACGGAAAGAGAGAGCAUCGACGUCAUUGUAAAGGAGUAUUAUUUUUUUAAUUAUUUGUAAACGUCUCCUGUGUGAAUAUGCGCGUUCAGUCGGCGUAGUGGAGUUUGAAGACAGUGAUUUGACCAGCAGCAAACCGCCAGCGACGAGGAAAGAAAGCUAUCUCUGUUGACCGUCUCAAAAACGGUUGGAAGCAAACUCGAAGAUAUUUUUUUCAAGCAGUGAGAGGACCGAGGUACAUACAAAAUGCCUCUCGCACAACUUGCGGAACCCUGGCCCAAAAUGGAGCUUGUCCAGCUCGACACGGAGAAUGGACAAAGCACUACAGAGGAUGGAGUCACACCUGGGGACAAGGACGAUGAUGUCAUCAAGGAAAUCAACAUCACUCACGUGGUCAAGGAGGGCUCUGAGAAGGCCGACGCCUCACAGUUUGAACUGCUCAAGGUGCUGGGCCAAGGCUCCUUCGGCAAGGUGUUCCUUGUGCGGAAGGUGACCCCACCCGAUGACAACGAGCUCUACGCUAUGAAAGUGCUCAAGAAGGCCACACUAAAAGUGAGAGACCGGGUCCGGACCAAAAUGGAGCGGAACAUUCUGGCUGAUGUCAACCACCCUUUUGUGGUGAAGCUCCACUAUGCCUUUCAGACAGAGGGAAAGCUCUAUCUUAUUCUGGACUUCCUCAGAGGAGGAGACCUAUUCACACGGCUUUCAAAGGAGGUGAUGUUCACUGAGGAGGAUGUUAAAUUCUAUCUGGCGGAGCUGGCUUUGGGCUUGGAUCACCUACACAGCCUGGGCAUCAUCUACAGAGACCUCAAGCCCGAGAACAUUCUGCUGGACGAGGAGGGCCACAUCAAGCUCACAGAUUUUGGGCUGUGUAAGGAGGCCAUUGACCACCAAAAGAAGGCCUUCUCCUUCUGUGGUACCGUGGAGUACAUGGCUCCUGAGGUGGUGAACAGGCAGGGCCACAACCACAGCGCCGACUGGUGGUCAUUUGGGGUACUAAUGUUUGAGAUGCUGACGGGAUCACUGCCGUUUCAAGGAAAGGAUCGCAAGGAGACCAUGAACCUGAUUCUAAAGGCUAGGCUGGGAAUGCCGCAGUUUCUAAGUACAGAGGCCCAGAGUCUGCUGAGAGCGCUGUUCAAGAGGAACCCGGCAAACAGGCUUGCGUCUGGGGCUGAUGGUGCAGAGGAACUCAAACGUCACAAUUUCUUUUCCACGAUCGAUUGGAAUAAACUCUUCAGGCGCGAAGUCAAACCCCCUUUCAAGCCUGCUGUAGCGCGACCGGACGACACCUUCUACUUCGACUCAGAGUUCACCUCCCGGACACCCAAAGACUCCCCAGGUGUGCCCCCCAGUGCCGGCGCCCAUCAGCUGUUCCGCGGGUUCAGCUUCGUUGCCACGACACUCCUGGAGGAGGAGGACGUAGAAGAGCCUCCCCAGAAACCUCUACACCCUGUGGUCCAGCAACUGCAUGGGAAGAGCCUCCUGUUCAGCGAUGGCUACGUGCUGAAGGAGGACAUCGGCAUGGGAGCCUUCUCUGUGUGCAAGCGCUGCAUUCACAAGACCACCAACGCAGAGUACGCCGUCAAGGUGAUUGACAAGACCAUGACUGAUUCUACAGAGGAAAUUGAGAUUCUGUUGCGUUAUGGCCAGCAUCCCAACGUCAUCACGCUGAAGGAUGUGUAUGACAACGGUAAAGAGGUGUAUCUGGUGACAGAGCUGAUGAGAGGCGGUGAGCUUCUGGAUCGUAUCCUCAAGCAGAAGUUCUUCUCUGAGAGAGAGGCCAGUUCUGUCCUGCACACCAUCACCAAGACCGUAGAGUACCUGCACUCACAAGGGGUGGUGCACAGGGACCUGAAGCCCAGUAAUAUCCUGUAUGUGGAUGAGUCGGGUAACCCAGAGUCUUUGCGGAUCUGUGACUUUGGCUUUGCUAAGCAGCUGCGCGCUGAUAACGGCCUGCUCAUGACCCCCUGCUACACCGCCAACUUUGUGGCACCAGAGGUUUUAAAGCGACAGGGCUACGAUGAGGGAUGUGACGUCUGGAGUCUGGGAGUUCUGCUGUACACCAUGUUAGCUGGCUUCACUCCAUUUGCUAAUGGUCCAGAGGAUUCUCCAGAUGACAUACUCAACAGGAUAGGCAACGGCCACUUCACCCUCACAGGGGGCAACUGGGACCACGUGUCCGAUGCUGCCAAGGAACUGGUGUCCAAGAUGCUUCAUGUGGAUCCCCACCAGCGGCUCACGGCCAUGCAGGUGCUGAAGCACCCCUGGAUCGUGCAGCGCGACAAGCUGCCCAACAGCCAGCUGCAGCACCAGGAUGCCAAGCUCGUUAAGGGGGCUAUGGCAGCUACCUACUCAGCUCUGAAGAGCUCUCAGCCCACACCAGAGCUCAAGCCCAUCGAGUCGUCCUUCCUGGCACAGAGACGUGUCAAGAAGCUUCCCUCUACCUCUCUGUAGAGAGAGAGCGAAACGGAGAGAAAGAGAGAUAUAUGGACUUUCUACAUACACGUACACACACACACACACAUACGCAUACACGUACACACACACAUACACGCAUACACAUGUACACUGACACACACACAUCAUAUGAAAACCAUGACAGAGGAUGUGUCCUUCACAUAAACCAUUACCAGCUGAAGCUAGGGGCAGCCCCCCUCCUUCCCCCAGACACCCCUAUCCUCUGUCAUCAGUAGCCUAGUGGGGAGGCGGGGGCAUCAGAAAAUAGCCAAGGACUGGGGGCUGGGGGGGUUGUUUGUAUGCUGUUGGAGGGGGUUUUAGUGAUGGCAAAUGUGUAGUGACGUGGUGAAGAGGCGUGAUUGGCUGUGAUUUCCUGUGCUGUACCUGUGCAUGCAGAUGAUCUGAACACCCCCGCACCCCCCACCCCACCUCUCUGAAAGAAUGUCUUGUUAAAGGGGGCAGAUUUUUAAUUGGUUUAAUUUUUUUUGCUGAUCCAUUCAACCAUUUCCCCUCAGCCGAGUUGUGGUUGGAUGUUGUCUUAUUGCUUGUCCAUCUGUAAAUGUGAUUUUCCACGUCCUGUAGCCCCCAUCCCCAACAUCACCGCCAACGCUGAGCACCUCAUUCCUGACUUUAGCACACUGGUUUCAAAUCCAUUUGAAAUGGCCUA